AUGUCUUUUCUAGACAAUUUUGCAGCUGAAUCAAUGAUUUGGGAUGUUUUCUACAAUCGCUCAAAUAUUCCGAAAUCAAAUGAUGUACUAGAUAUACUGAAAGAAUCGAAAAUAUUUUACCCAUCAGUAUUUUUGGCAAUUUGCAUUGGCCUUAGCUUCCCGGCAACUACCUGUACUGCUGAGCGAUCUUUCAGCACAUUCCGGAGGGUUAAAACCUGGUUACGCUCUACCAUGAAUAACGAAAGACUCAAUGCUUUAUGUAUGAUGAAUGUACAUAAAUCUACCAUAAUUGACCUAAAUACCUAA